AAGAGCAUGAGAGACCAGCCAGAAGUCUCUCUCUCUCUCUGUCUUCUUUCUAUCUCCUCCCAUUGCCCCCUCCCUCUCGUUAUCUCCUCCCCACCCCCGUCUCCCUCCCUCUCUCUCUCUCCCCCAGCAUCUGUUUGUCUCUAUCUCCUCCCCCUCCUCCUGUUUCUGUGCUGAGUUCUCUUCCUGUCUCUUUGGUUGUCAGCGCCAUGUUACAGUUCUGACCGCGGAUCAGCAACAAGUCUCCGGGGGAGGGCCGGACAAGAGCCUGCGGGAAGAGGUGAUUGAGACUGGGCACCGGGGCUGGGCCGGAGGAGGUGGCCGGAGGGGAGCCUGUGCAGGGAAACCCCGGGGCCGGAGGGGAGCCCGCGGCUGGCCCGGGGUCGGAAGCUGCCUGCCCGGACACUCCAGGCCUCAGUCCCCCCCGGACGGGACGGAGCAGACCGGACCGUCACCGUCCAGCAGAUGGCUGAUAGCUAGCAAGGUACACACAUGACCAUGAUGGCUCAGUUUCCCACAGCCAUGAAUGGUGGUCCAAAUAUGUGGGCUAUCACUUCUGAUGAGCGAGUCAAACAUGACCAGCAAUUUUUAAGUCUUAAACCAGUUGGAGGGUUACUUUCAGGUGACCAAGCUCGAAAUUUCUUUCUGCAGUCUGGUUUGCCAAAGUUAGUACUGGCUGAAAUAUGGACCCUGGCAGACCUGAACAAGGACGGAAAGAUGGACCAGCAGGAAUUUUCCAUAGCAAUGAAACUAAUCAAGAUGACCCUUCAAGGUCACCCAAUGCCCAAGACUCUUCCAACUGUUAUGAAACACCCACCAAUCCCUUCACCCUUGGGCUCUGCACGAUUUGGGAUGGGAAGUAUGCCAAAUCUGUCAGUCCCACCAAACAUGCCUUCAUUUGCUUCCUUGGCUCCCACAUCGUCAUUGACCUCAGGGACAACAAUGCCACCUUUGGGUAUGUCAGUUCCCCUGCUUCCUGCUGUUAGUACAUCAGCAUUGCCAAAUGGUACAUCUAUUCUUAUACCUCCAAUGUCUGCACAGAGUUCUGCAACACUCCCCCAUUCUGGACCUCUGAGGCAGCCUUUAGCAGGAUUUGGAGGCACUGGCCUGCAGAAGGCUCAGUCAUUGAUUGAUCUUGGCUCCAGCAGCAGUUCAUCAUCAUCUAAUACUUCUCUCACGUCACCAAAAGUGAGUUCCUCUGACUGGGGAGUUCCUCAGUCUGCAAGGCUCAAAUAUCGACAGUUGUUCAAUGGCCUUGAUAAAUCCAUGAGUGGCUACCUCUCAGGCCCCCAAGCCAGAAAUGCUCUUGUACAGUCCAAUUUGUCUCACAACCAACUAGCUACCAUAUGGAACCUGGCAGAUGUUGACCAGGAUGGAAAGCUCAAAGCAGAAGAGUUUAUUUUAGCAAUGCACUUAAUUGAAAUGGCCAAGUCCGGUCUACCUCUUCCUCUCUCACUUCCUCCAGAACUGACACCACCUUCUUUUAGAACAAGCAAAUGGGGUGAUGGAAUAAAUGGAGCCCCAUCUCAGUAUCAGGAUGUUACACAGGAACUCCAAGAAGCUCAGAAAAAAUCACCUGUCACUUUUGAGGAUAAAAGAAAAGCUAACUAUGAAAAAGGGAAUGUAGAGCUGGAGCGCAGGCGUCAGACCCUUCUAGAACAGCAACAAAGAGAGGCUGAUCGAAGAGCACAGCGGGCCAGGGAGGAACAGGAGAGAAAGGAGCGUGAGCUACAAGAGCAGGAACGGAAAAAACAACUUGAUCUGGAGAAACGAUUGGAGAAGCAACGUGAGUUGGAAAGACAAAAGGAGGAGCAAAGGAGAAAAGAAAUUGAAAAACGAGAGGCAGCGAAGCAGGAACUUGAACGUCAGCGUCAGCUCGAGUGGGAGCGGAUUCGACGACAAGAACUCCUCAAUCAACGAAACCGGGAACAAGAUGAGAUUGUCCAGUUAAAGGCCAAGAAAAAGAGCCUGGAACUUGAACUGGAGGCAUUAAGUGAGAAGCAGCAAAAUGUCACCAGCAGAGUUCAAGAAGUCCGAAGCAGAAAGGAAGUUCAAAAAAAUGAACUGGAUCUCGUAAAUCAGAAACAUGACCAGAGACGAAUAGAAGUGAACCAUUUACAACAACAACUCAAGGAGUUUCAGAAAACGUUGAAUCAGUUAAUUCCCAAAAAGCAAGCACUGGAUGACCAAAUAAAACAGAUUCAGCCCAACUCUGCUUACACUACGAGUAUCGCACUUUUGAAUCGGAAUCAUGCAGAAAGAAAAGAUUCUUGUGAACGACUUCGACAACAACUGAAUGAGCUAGAGAAACAGACGGCCAACAAACUUUCUGAAAUGGAUGCUUUUAACUCUCAACUACAGGAGCUGCGAGAAAGCUACAGCAAACAGCAGUUUGCCCUGGAGCAGCUCUAUCGAAUCAAGGAUGAUAAAAUUCAAGCAAUUGAAAAAAAGAAAGCUGAAGAUCAAGCAAGGAAAAAAAGGGAGGAGGAGGAAGCAAUAAGAAAAGCAAAGCAAGAAAAAGAGAAUCUGUGGAAAUCAAAAAUCAAAAGAGAAGAGGAAAUAAGGCAGCAGAAGCUGGAGGAAGAGCGACUUCAAGACAAAAUCCGUGAGGAAGAAAAUCGGAAAACUGAGGCAUUUGCUGCUAGGCAAAGGGAAAUAGAAGCAGAAAGUAAAAGGCUAACUGAGGAGAAGCAUCGUCGUGAAGCAGAGGAGAAAAAGAGACUUGCACAGCUUCAAAAAGAAGCUGAAGAAGAGCAGAGGAAAGCUCAGACUCUAAGAAAAGCAGAGGAAAAACGCCAGCAAGAAGAAGAAAGGAGAAGACAGGAAACAAUAAAACAAGAUGAAGCUGAGAAACGUGUCUCGAAGACUGAUGUACAAGAAAAGUUGAAGGAUGUCCUGAAAUACCCUGAUAAACCAACAUAUGGAUCAAGGAAAGAAGCGUCACUUGACAAAAGUGAAGUCUCUCUGCCUGGAAAGUCGGCAAUCUUAAUGACGUAUCGAGCGUUAUAUCCAUUUGAGGCAAGAAAUUAUGAUGAACUCAGCUUUCAAGCUGGAGAUCUAAUUGAGGUUGAUGAAACAACUGAAGGGGAAUCAGGCUGGCUGUAUGGUACGAUGCGAGGCAAAUCCGGUUGGUUCCCGGUGAACUAUGUAGAGAAAAUGACAGAGUGUGAAGCCCCCUUAUCGCCCAAAAGAGCUUUAUUGCCACCCUCAAAACUUUCUUCAACUACCUCAACAUCUCCUGGACCACAUGCUCAAAAUAAAGUGAGUGAUGAUGGGAGUUUUCAAUCAAGUCGCGGUUUCUCCGGGAUUAGUGGCAGUCCCAUUUGGCAGAAAUCUGCUUUUACUCCAACUCUUGCCCCUGGUUCUGGAUCACCAGUUUAUGAUCAGGUUGAAAAUGUAAAAACUUUUAAGGCACUGGCACUUUGUUCGUGGACAGCAAAAAAAGAGAACCAUUUGAAUUUCUCAAAAGACGAUGUAAUUGAUGUUCUGGAGCAACAGGAUAACUGGUGGUUUGGAGAAGUUCGUGGUGGAAAGGGCUGGUUCCCCAGGUCGUAUGUCAAGAUUAUCGCUGAUCAUGCGCAGCCAUCAGCGGAACCAGAACCUGUUUAUGCUAAGGUCAACAAGAGCUCCAGCCCAAUUUCCCAGCCAGUAGAAGAGUAUAUUGCACUAUACCCUUACGAAAGUGCUGAAGCUGGAGACUUAACCUUCAUGGAGGGUGAGAUUGUUUUGGUAACCAAAAAGGAAGGUGAAUGGUGGACCGGAGUUAUUGAAGAUAGAACAGGUGUCUUUCCAUCAAAUUAUGUCAAACCAAAGGAUCCAGAUGGAUCAAGUAGUUCUGGAAGAUCAGGAACAUUCAACAAAAAGCCAGAGAUUGCCCAGGUUGCCUCAGCGUACACUGCAACAGGUACAGAGCAGCUCAGCCUCGUCCCAGGCCAGUUGAUACUUAUUCUGAAGAAAAAUGCUACUGGAUGGUGGCAGGGUGAGUUGCAGGCCAGAGGUAAAAAGCGUCAAAAAGGAUGGUUUCCUGCCAGUCAUGUCAAACUCCUGGGGCAAAGUAGUGGCAAAUCCACUCCUGCUCCAACUCCAGUCUGUCAGGUCAUAGCUAUAUACGACUAUACUGCUGUGAAUGAAGAUGAGCUCAGUUUCUCUAAAGGGCAGUUCAUUAAUGUGCUGAACAGAGAUGAUUCCGAUUGGUGGCAAGGGGAGAUGAAUGGAAUAAAUGGCUUAUUUCCUUCCAAUUAUGUCAAGAUAACCACAGAUUCCGAUCCAAGUCAGCAGUGUAAGUAAAGAAAAGCUAUUCAAAUAUUAUCCAGCAAAACAGAAUUGAGACAAACACUGGAAGAAUUUUGUUUACAUAUUUCACUCAUCAAUUGUGGCUGUGUUCUGUUAGAACCAGAAAAGGGAUGAAGGACACUGGUGACAUGGAGUGAAAUAAUAUCAAAUACAAAUAUAACCUGAUAAACAUAUGUUUUAAGCCUUUUCAAAUUUAUUUUUUAAAAGGUUUAGUUUUCAUUCUGCGCCUUUGAAGCAAAGAUGAUGAUCUUACUUUGCUGAAAAUUUUAAAUAAAACAAAUCAUUGGAAAUGCACAGCAGACUCCUAAGCAAGUGUAAGUGGGAAAUUGGAUUGUUGAUUGCUGAUGCACAAAAAGUAAAAGAUAUAUAUGCAAUUUAUAGUCAUUGCCAAAAUUUGGCAGUCACAGUAAACUUAUUGUGCUGAAAAAUCCUACAUUUGAGGUGACAUUCUUGCAUUAAGAUCCAGAGCAAUGCAAUCGUCAUAACAGUCAUAACAACACAGAAGGAGGCCAUUUGACUCUUCAGGUCCAUGUAAGAUCUCUAAGGAGCAAUCCAGUUAUUUACCAGGUACUAAGAAGAGAUUCAGGGAGAGAAUAAAAAUAAUAAUCCACUACAAAUGGAAAAUAAUCCAAAGAUUGAUUACUAGUUACAAUAGAGAUAAAUAAACUAAUCCUGCUCAUAGACCUCUCACUAACAGUUGAUCAGUCAGAAUUGGCCAAGA